UAUUCUUCAAAACUCUAAUUUCUUUUUUUUUCUUCUUCCAUUAAUGUUCACCCCCCAUCAUCAAACUUCAUUUUUCAAAGCACACAACAACCAUCCUUCUACCGCCGCCGCCGCUCGUCCCCAGCACGCCGCCGCCGCUGUGCCUCCACGUCCACGUCACCGUUGCUGCCCCUCCACGACCACGCCGCCGCUGCUAUCUCCUCCACUCCACCGCUAUUUGAGUGUAAUAUUUUAAAAUUAUAUUUAUAUGUAUAGAUCUAGUAUUUAUAUGUGUAGAUAUAUGGCUUGUGUGUAGGGGUGUACAUGGUCUGGUUUGACUGGUUUAGCAUUGAUAUUUUAGUCCAAACCAAUUAUACUGGUUUCAAACCAAAAUCAAACCACACACAUUAUAAAACUAGCAAAAUUGGUUUGGUUUGAUUUGAUAAUUUUUUCUUUAAAACCAGUUUAACCAUCUGUUACUGGCAUUUUGCGUUUUUGUGAAAACCGUAACAAGUGUGUGAAUGCGGGCGUGCCAGGAAGUAGAUUCCAAAUUGUGAAUUUAACUUCUUAAAAAAGCAAUUGGGGUUUGGUUAAACUUAUUACAAGUACUCCAAAAGAGUACACUACUAGAAAUCAGCACAUUAGCGACGAAAUUUAGCGAUGGACUAAAUUCUGUUGCUAAUGUGCACCUUAACGACGGGUUUGCCGACAGAUAUGGUUACCAUCGGCAAAUCCCACAAAAAGAAAGGCGGGAAGCUUCCCGCCUAUCUUUUACGACGGAUUAGCGACGGAUUAGUAAAUUCGUCGCUAAUGUUAGCGACGGAUUUACUAAUCCGUCGUUAAUGCAUGGGCUAAGUAAAACUCAACGUUUUACUUAGCCCGUUUUAGCGAUUGAUUAGUAAAUCCGUCGCUAACAUUAGCGACGGAUUUACUAAUCCGUCGCUAAUCUUAUACGUUAAUGAAACGCUCCAUUUCAUUAACGGAUGGCGACGACAUUAAUUAUCCGUCGCUAAAUCAUAACCUAAUAAAACGUUGUCUGCCUCUCUCUCCUUGUUUCUUAUUUUCCUUUUCUUUUUUCUUCUCUUUGCCGUCUGCCGCCGUCUGCCGCCCUCUUCUUUUCCGUUUCCGCCACUGCCACCGUCAGCCCAUUGCCGCCGGUUACUUGUCGCCGCCGUCUGCCCGCCGACGUUCGUCCACCGAGGUUUGUCCUUAUUACGGUUAUUCCUAUUGUCGUCCAUUCACACCGUUUUUACCAUCCACAUUCUCUUCUCUCUUGCGGUUCUGCUCUUCAACAAAUAUGAGAGGUUCAGGUGGUUCUUCUGCCGGCCGAGGCCGGGGUAGGGAUACAGGUCAGGGACGCGGACGUGGACGCGGCCGUAGCGACCCAGAGCAGGAUCCCCCUGAGGGCUUGGAUCCCAGGGCUGAGCAGCAGGUGCUAGCGGGUAGACCCGCGCCACGGAGAGCGGCAAGACAGCCGCAGCCACAGGACGAGCUGCCAGCGAUGGACGAGACUGGGAGCGUUAGAGUUACACCUGAUGCUGCAAGAAAGGUUACUGGAUAGCAGGAACGACAGCGGACAGCAUCUAGGGCGAUCUUGCCCAUUUUCCGAUCUAGCUGGUUUACUGAGGGUUCCUCGUGGAAGAAGCUGACAGCAGAGCAUAAGGACUUCUACUUCGAGGAGUUCAAGAAGGGUUUUUGCUGGGACUCGACCUACCCUGAGGACCCGAUUAGAGGGGUCUUCUACCGACAUGCGGCAUAUCGGUACAAAGAUACUCUCCACAACAUGAAGCCGGAUAAAAAAGAGGGCAGUGUUAGUGCUGAUACUUGGGCGUCAUGGAAGCGAGACUGGGAUACUGCUGAGGCUAAGAAGAAGUCCGAUAUAGCACGAGCUAAUCGGAUGAGCGAGCCGUCCGGAGCUGGCACCGGACCGGUUCGACAUACCGCAGGAUCGCGAUCGGCUACGAGACUGAGGAGCUCGGUCGAGAGCCCACUUUGGCUAAGUUGCAUGUACGGUUGCACUUGACCAAAGCUGAUCGGACUGUCUUCGUUGACAAGAGAUCAAAGGAUAAAAAUGACCGUUUUCAGGCAGAGCUUGCUGCAGCGACCCAGUCUCAGGUGGCUGGGGAAGGGAGUUCGUCAACUCCAGAACCGAUCGACGAGAACGAGCUGUUUUUGUCUCUCGAGGCAAUCAAGAAGCAGCGAGAAUACGGUAUUGGAUCGGCUUCAGCAUCCUACAUCGGCCAGAGCAGCCGAUUGCGCCGCGGCGGAUCAUCCCAGACACAGCAACAGGCGGUCGUUAGUAAGGAGAUCGAGCAACGUAUUUCUAGGGGGGGGGGUGAGGAACGGCUCGAGCAGCGAAUCCGUACUGUGGAGGCGAGUUUUGAAGAGCGGGUCGAGCAGCGGAUCCGUACUGUGGAGGCGGGUUUCGACGAGCGCAUCCGUACUGAGCUUGCACGGCUGAUGACUACACUCCCACCAGAGUUACGACCGCAGUUCCCCCCACCUCCACCUCCACCUGCUGAUGACACUACUAGUUUGAGGUAGUAUAGUAUUUGGACUUGGAUUGUAAUACAGUUUGCAUAUUUUGACUUAUUCAGUAUUUAGCGAGUUGUAUACUUUUUACUGUUUAUAUAUACAAUGUUUUAGAUA